CCUAUCCAACAUGGCAAAUCUUUGUUUUCAUAUCCCCUUCCCCCUGUUCUCUUUACUUUGUCUCAUGGUCUGUUUCACUUUAUGCCACGCCAAUUUUACUAUGAAUGAUGAAUUGGCACUAUUGGCUUUCAAGUUUUCUGUCAAGGACCCUUACAAUCACUUGGCUAAUUGGUCCAACUCUUCUUCUAUUUGCAAAUGGGUUGGGAUUAUGUGUGAUGCUCACCAUGAGAGAGUAAUAGCCUUGAAUCUUGGUGAGAUGGGUCUCAAGGGAACCUUACCCUCAAAAAUUGGGAAUUUGUCUUUCCUAGUUGAGCUUGACCUUCAUAGUAACAACCUUUAUGGUGAUUUGCCAAAAGAGUUGAUCCAAUUAAAAAAGCUGCAAAUUCUCAACUUGAGCUACAAUGAAUUCAACGGAGAAAUUCCAAUUUGGAUUGGAAGCUUAUUUACCCUUCAACACUUCCAUCUCUGUAAUAAUAGUUUUGGAGGUGUUAUUCCUAAAAGUGUAUCCAAAUUGUCAAAGUUAAAAACUUUGGAUUGGAAUGAUAACUUUAUUGAAGGAGUUAUUCCAUUCCAAAUUGGAACACUUCAAUGCUUGAAGAUUUUACGCUUUGCAGGAAACAAGCUUUUUGGAAGAAUACCUCCAACUAUUUCCAACUUAUCCUCACUUGAGUUGUUGUCUUUGUCUUACAACUCCUUAACAGGAGAUAUUCCCAAGACAAUCAGUACUCUUACAAAUUUGAAAUUUAUAUACUUAAGUGUUAAUAUGUUGUCGGGCAUUAUACCAAGAAGCAUUGGAAACUUGACAAAACUUCAAAAACUAGAGCUUGAUCACAAUAACUUUGAAGGAGAUAUUCCCAAAGAGAUUGGUAAUCUUAAAAGUCUGGAAAUUUUAUAUUUUGGCGGCAAUAAGUUUUCUGCCCAAAUACCAUCAACCAUCUUUAAUAUAUCUGAGUUGCGAAAGAUUGAUUUAAGUUGGAAUAAUUUGUCGGGAGACAUUCCUUCUGAUAUAUGUAAUGGGAUUCCAAAUUUGCAAAAUUUGGCUCUUCAAGAGAACAAAUUAUUUAAUGCUAUACCAUCUGGCUGGACACAAUGCAAGGAGCUGGAAAUAAUAACAUUAAAUUACAACUUGUUCACAGGUAUGUACUACUCACUGUCAAAUCUCUAA